AAAUAUAUUUCGUCAUCCCAGUCGUCCUAACGAAUUAAAAUUUGACUGACGUUUUACGAUUAAAACAAAUAAAAUGAGAUAAGAGAAAAACGGAGAAUUCUACGUAACAAAAUUCGUGAUUAAAAAUUAUUUCUCCUCAGUCGAUGUAAAUGUUUCCAUGACAUAAAUUUUCAUUUAUAUAUCUCAAUUACAAAAAAAGAAACAAAAAAAAAUUUUUUUUUUGCUAUUUGUAAAAAAAAACAAAUUCGCAUUGUCUGUUAAUAAUAAAUAAUUUAAUUAUAAUUCUAAUAAAAAAAUAACAUUUUAGAAUUGAAUGUAAAUAUUUAUUUAGGGCCGAUAUAUUUUUUUAAAUGUAAAAAAUUGAAUAUAAUUUUUGCUUUUUUGAAAUUAAUUGAAAAUAAAUAUUUGAAAGUAUUUAUAAAUUAUGUUUAAGAAAAAAAAAUUGAAAUAUUAGUUGGCAAAAGAUAACAAUUUUUUUUUGAGACUAAUAUUUAUGUGAAAAUUUCUGAUGAAGAUAAAAAUUUUCAUUUUUCUAAGCAUAAUUUGAUAGCGAAUUUCAACAAGAUUUAUAAAAAAAAAAGGAAAAAAAAAAAGAAAAAAAUGCCAAGAAAGGAUAAAACUGGAUUUUUGAUACAAUACAUUGUUGCUAUUGUGGCUUCAAUCACAUCCGCCGGAUAUGGAUCAGUAAUGUCCUGGACAUCGCCAUCAUUACCAUUUUUAAAAUCGGGAAAAUCAAAUUUAUCAGUGAACAAUGAUGAAAUCGCAUGGAUUGCACCAUUAUUACCAAUAGGAAUAAUAAUUGGUAAUUUUUUAAAUCCAAUAUUUAUCGAUCGUCUUGGUAGAAAAUGGACACUAUUAUUAUUUGCCAUACCACAAAUAAUAUCGUGGCUAUUAAUAUUAUUGGCUAAAAAUACAAAAAUUAUUUGUAUUGGACGAAUUUUCGGCGGUAUUGGCUAUGGUGGUGGUAUUUGUGCAACAAUUGUUUAUCUAUCGGAAAUUGGUAAUUGUAAAAAUCGUGGAAUUUUUUUAACACUCAUUAAAGUAUCAUCGAGUUUUGGAAUUUUUUUCACAAUUUUUUUAGGCGCCAUUUCACCAUAUUUCUAUAUGAAUUUAUGUUUACUUAUAAUGCCAAUUGUAUUUGUUAUUUUUUUUCCAUUUAUGCCCGAUUCGUCGUAUUUUUUUGCAAAAAAUUGCAAAAAUGAGGAGAAAAAAUUUUAUUCUCUCGUACCAUUGAAUGAGAAAGAAAAUAAAAAUGAUAAUGAUUGCGAAAAAAAAAUAAUUGUGAAAGAAAAUGAAAAUUAUAAAUUAAAUUUUAAAAAUGAAAAUAAAAUUAAUGACAACGAAGGAGAUGAUAAAAAAAAUCAUAUAGAAGAGAAGAAAAAUUUCAAACUAGAAAAUUAUCAAAAUAGUGAAAAUAAAAAUAAAAUUUUAAAUAAAAAAAAUAAUUUUCCAAAUGAUUAUCAAUUGAAUAAUGAAAUUUUGAAAAAUAAAGAAAAUGGUUUUUUAAAUUUAAAAAAUUGCAAUUUUUGGCAAUUAUUAUCAAUUCGAAGCAAUUUACGUGGUUUAUUUAUUAUUUUCACUGUAACAACAUUAGAUUGUUUUUCCGGACAUCCGGUAUUAGUUUAUUUUUCACAACAAAUGUUAACAUAUGAGGGUUCAUUAUUGUCACCAAAAAAUGGUGCAUUAAUACAUGCAACAGUCAAAUUAUUGGCAUCAAUGAUAGCAACACAAAUAAUUGAACGUUUUCAACGUAAAACAAUUUUACUUUGCACAAGUAUUUUAAUAACAUUAACGCAAGGAAUUUUAACAAUUUUUUUCUUUAUUAAAGACAAUAAUUUAAUGGACAUUUCAUUAUUGGGAUUUCUACCAUAUUUAGCAUUUUUAAUUUAUGAAACGGCAAGUUCAAUUGGUGCGAGUAAUUUAUUUUAUAUUUAUCAGGGUGAAUUUUUUGAAAAUCAUGUCAAAGGUAUGGCGGUGACUGUUUCAAAAAUUUAUCAUAUGUUUAUGAUUUUUCUCACUAUUGUCAUUUAUCAAUGUUUAAUUGUCAAAUUUUCUUCAUAUGUGAUAUUUGGUCUUUUUUGCAUUUGUUGUGUGAUUUUUUCUAUUGUUUGUCUUAUUAUUAUUCCUGAGACAAAAGGCAAGAGCCUUGAGGAAAUUCAAAUUAUUUUGAAAAGGAGAAAAGUUUUUCUUUGAAAAAAAAAAAAAAAAUUCAAUAUUUAAGAAACUUUUUAAAAGUAAGAAUAAAAUAAAAAUAAAACAAAAAUUUACUUUAAUUCUUAUAAAAACAAAAUUAUUUUGUAGCAUAUUUUUUUAAAUAAUUCUUUUUUUUUUAAUUUUAAUUUUAUUUUUUUAAUUUUUUUUUUUAAAUAAUUUGUUUUUAUUCUAGAAAAUCUAUUUCUCCUGUGUAGAAGUAUAAAAAAAUUAAUAUUCUCCAAAAAUUAUUUCAAACAGAAAGUUGAAAAAAAAUAGAAUAAUUUUGCAAAAAAAAAAAGAAAUCAGAAAACCAAGUUUUAGUAGUUUGCACAGAUAAGAUUUUAAGAACAAAGUAUCAUAAAGUAUGCGCAAAAAUUAAAAAUACAAAAUAAUUUAUGGAAAUAAAAAAUUUAUUUCCUUACGAAAAAUAUUCCAAAAAAAAUUUCGUUACGAAAAAUAUUUCCCAGCAAUUUGAAAACAAAAAAAAAAUAUAUAUUUUGUUAAAAAUUCUCUAAAAUUUGGAAAAUAAUUUAUUCUUUUAUUUUGUAAAAUAAUUAUAAAAAAAAAUAUAAACUAGCAUUUUUAAUUACCCGUACAUAUAUU